GUGCCAGGGAGGAUCCCACAGCCGUGCCGCCAGUAUAGCGACGCACCCCCUUUGACGUUAGAAGGAAUCAAGGAUCGGGUUCUGUAUGUCUUGAAACUUUACGACAAGAUUGACCCAGAAAAGCUCUCGGUAAACUCCCAUUUUAUGAAAGACCUGGGCUUAGACAGUCUGGACCAAGUGGAGAUUAUCAUGGCCAUGGAGGACGAAUUUGGGUUUGAAAUUCCUGAUAUAGAUGCAGAAAAGUUAAUGUGUCCACAAGAAAUUGUAGAUUACAUUGCAGAUAAGAAGGAUGUAUAUGAAUAAAAUACCAGACCCCUUCGCACAGGGCUCCAGGGACGCUGGGGACCGGAAGUGAGAGUGUGGCCUGUCAUCACCACACAGAGCAACUCUGUCGGACUUAUAUUUAAGCUGUCUUGUUUUGCCCUUUGAAAAUAAACGGGUUAAACCAACA